CAGCAGGCAGCGCCGGCUCUAGCGCAGUGAAGUCUCUCAGCUGAUGCUCCCACAUCAGCCUCUCCUUCUCUCCUCUCUUCCCGUCGCACUCUUCUUUUCCACGCCUGCCAGGCGAGGAGCCUGAAGCAGGGGGGGGGGGCGGAACCUGCCGGUAGCCUGGGAGACCCUCCGGAGCUUCUUCGGAUCGGAUUUCUAACGGGGACGGGGAAGUUGGAGAGCCUAGCCUGCUAGAGCCGGGGGGACCGUAGGAGCCAUGGUGUGACCAGGGAACAGCGCAGGCAGCAUCACUAACCUACCCCACUCCCGUCCCUUCCCCCCCUCCUUCCCCAAACCGCUUCUGUCACUCCCCAUCCCCCCCCCACCCCACCUCGAGCUUUCAGCAGAGGAGAUAAAAAGAGGCCGUCGUGGAGCGCGUCGGCUUCGUAGCGACGCGGGCCAGCAUGGCUCAGACCAAGAGGCACGCGUACAGCCGGACCACCAGCAGCGGCAGCAGCAGGAUGAGUUCGGACGGGGGCGGCAAGCCGGUCAAGGUGGGCUCCCUGGUGGAGGUGAUCGGCAAGGGCCACCGCGGCACGGUGGCGUACAUCGGCGCCACGCUCUUUGCCACGGGCAAGUGGGUGGGCGUGAUCCUGGACGAGGCCAAGGGCAAGAACGACGGCACCGUGCAGAACAAGCGCUACUUCACCUGCGAGGAGAACCACGGAAUCUUCGUGCGCCAGUCCCAGAUCCAGGUCAUUGAUGAUGGAGCAGACACCACCUCUCCUGAGACUCCGGAGCUGGCUGGAGCCAAAAUCCCCAAACGAGCCGAGUGUGCGGGUGCUCCUAGCCCGGUCCAAACAUCUCAAGUUGAGCUGGAAAGUGAGAACGUUCCAGAGCUUGUGGAGACGCCGAAAUCGAGCAAACUGCAGCGAGGAGUGAAGCCCAAAAAGACGCCCGCUCCCAGGAAGACCACAGCCCGGCGCACCAAGUGGAACAGCUACUCUCCAUCCAGCCUGCCUCGCUCAGUGUCCCUCCACGCCUUAGUAAGUUUCCCACUCAGUCCAGACCCCACGCCCAGUCAGGCUAGCGUUUCGAAGCCCACCCGGCCCUCGGGCGCUGCGGCGGCCUCCAAGGCGGGCCCCUCGGGGUCGGCCUCGGCCUCGGCGGGCGAGAUGAGCAGCAGCGAGCCCAGCACGCCGGCCCAGACCCCGCUGGCCGCGCCCGUCAUCCCCACGCCCGGCGGCGGCCUGCUGUCCCCCGGAGCCCUGCCUCCGCCCGCCCCCAGCAAGGAGGAGGAGGCCCUCCGGGCUCAGGUGAAGGACCUGGAGGAGAAGCUGGAGACGCUGCGCAUGAAGAGGAAUGAGGACAAGGCCAAGCUGAAGGAGCUGGAGAAGUACAAGAUCCAGCUGGAGCAGCUGCAGGAGUGGAAGAGCAAGAUGCAGGAGCAGCAGACCGAGCUGCAGAAGCAGCUGAAGGAGGCCAAGAAGGACGCCAAGGAAGCCCUGGAGGCCAAGGACCGCUACAUGGAGGAGAUGGCGGACACGGCGGACGCCAUCGAGAUGGCCACGCUGGACAAGGAGAUGGCGGAGGAGAGGGCGGAGUCUCUGCAGCAGGAAGUGGACUCCCUGAAGGAGAAGGUGGAAGACCUGACCAUGGACCUGGAGAUCUUGAAGCACGAGAUUGAGGAGAAAGGUUCGGACGGAGCUGCCUCCAGUUACCACGUGAAGCAGCUGGAGGAGCAGAACGGACGGCUUAAAGAGGCCCUGGUCAGGAUGCGCGACCUUUCAGCCUCUGAGAAGCAGGAGCAUGUGAAGCUGCAGAAGCAGAUGGAGAAGAAGAACACCGAGCUGGAGACCCUGAGGCAGCAGAAGGAGAAGCUCGUGGAGGAGAUGGCUCACGCUGAGAAGACCAUCGACGAGCUCAAAGAGCAGGUGGAUGCCGCUCUGGGGGCAGAGGAGAUGGUGGAGACCCUGACGGAGAGGAACUUGGACUUGGAGGAGAAGGUUCGAGAGCUUCGGGAGACGGUCAACGACCUGGAGGCCAUCAACGAGAUGAACGACGAGCUGCAGGAGAAUGCCCGGGAGACGGAGCUGGAGCUGCGGGAGCAGCUGGACCUGGGCGGGGCGCGGGUUCGAGAGGCCGAGAAGAGGGUGGAGGCGGCCCAGGAGACCGUGGCCGACUACCAGCAGACCAUCAAGAAGUACCGCGAUCUGACCGCCCACCUGCAGGAGGUGAACAGGGAGCUGAUGAGCCAGCAGGAGGCCACAGCGGAGCAGCAGCAGCAGCCUCCGGCCGAGAUGUUCGACUUCAAGAUCAAGUUCGCCGAGACCAAGGCCUACGCCAAGGCCAUAGAGAUGGAGCUGAGGAAGAUGGAGGUGAGCCAGGCUAACAGGCAGGUGUCCCUGCUCACCUCCUUCAUGCCCGACUCCUUCCUGCGGCACGGCGGGGAUCACGACUGCAUCCUGGUGCUGCUGCUCAUCCCGCGGCUCAUCUGCAAGGCGGAGCUCAUCAGUAAGCAGGCGCAGGAGAAGUUUGAUCUGAAUGAGAACUGCGUGGAGCGCGUUGGGAUGCGCGGGGCCGUGGGGGAGCAGCUCAGCUUCGCCGCGGGGCUGGUGUACUCCCUCAGCCUGCUGCAGGCCACCCUGCACAAAUACGAGCAGGCUCUGAACCAGUGCAGUGUGGAGGUGUAUAAGAAGGUGGGCAUGCUGUACCCGGAGAUGAGCGUGCACGAGCGCUCCCUGGACUUCCUCAUUGACCUGCUGCACAAGGACCAGCUGGACGAGACCGUGCACGUGGAGCCGCUCACCAAGGCCAUCAAGUACUACCAGCAUCUGUACAGCAUCCACCUAGCGGAGCAGACGGAGGACUGCACCAUGCAGCUGGCCGACCACAUCAAGUUUACCCAGAGUGCCCUGGACUGCAUGGGCGUGGAGGUGGGCCGCCUGCGGGCCUUCCUGCACGCGGGGCAGGAGGCGGCGGACCUGGCCAUCCUGCUGAAGGACCUGGAGACCUCCUGCAGCGACAUCCGCCAGUUCUGCAAGAAAAUCCGCCGCCGGAUGCCCGGCACCGACGUCCCGGGCAUCCCGGCCGCCCUCACGUUCGGCCAGCAGGUGGCGGACACGCUGAUGGACUGCAGGAAGCACCUGACCUGGGUGGUGGCCGUGCUGCAGGAAGUGGCGGCGGCCGGCGCCCAGAUGAUCGCGCCCCUCGGCGAGCAGGAGGGGCUGUCGGCCCUCAAGCUGGAGGACAUGGCCUUCAAGGCGGGAGAGCAGAUCUACGGCACGCAGGGCAUCAACCCGUACGAAUGCCUGCGCCAGUCCUGCAGCAUCGUCAUCGCCACCAUGAACAAGAUGGCCACCGCCAUGCAGGAGGGAGAGUACGAUGCGGAGAAGCCCCAGAACAAGACCCCCCCGCCGGUGGAGCUGAGGGCCGCCGCUCUGCGUGCCGAGAUCACGGACGCCGAGGGCCUGGGGCUCAAACUGGAGGACCGGGAGACGGUCAUCAAGGAGCUGAAGAAGUCCCUGAAGAUCAAGGGAGAGGAGCUGAGCGAGGCCAACGUCCGCCUCUCCCUGCUGGAGAAGAAGCUGGACAGCUCCUCCAAGGACGCGGACGAGCGCGUGGAGAAGAUCCAGACCAAGCUGGACGAGACCCAGACCCUGCUGAAAAAGAAGGAGAAGGAGUUCGAGGAGACCAUGGACGCCCUGCAGGCCGACAUUGACCAGCUGGAGGCGGAGAAGGCCGAGCUGAAGCAGCGCCUCCACAACCAGCCCAAGAUGACCAUCGAGGGCCUGAGGGGACCUCCGGCGUCCGGCAUCGCCUCCAUCGUGACGGGCAUGGCAGGGGACGAGCAAAAAGGUGGCAGCAUGCCCAGCAUGGGCGGGGGCACCGGGCCCGUCCAGAUCAUCGACUCCCCCCUCCUCGUGCAGCAGAUCGAGGCCCAGCGCCUCAGCAUCAAGCACCUGAAGAACGAGAACAACCGCCUCAAGGCGGAGAAGAUGAACGCCCAGCUGGCCUCCCUGCCCCCGCUGCGCGUCUCCAAGCUGCCCGCCAGGGACGGCUCCCGAACCGAGGUGCUCUCCAGCGGCCUCUACCGCAAGACCGACCAGCUGCUGGAGACCCUGCUCCAGAUGAGCGCCAACGUCAAGGUGGUGGACAUCACCGGCAGGUCUCCAGUGACCCCCAGCGCACAGCUGCUGGAGCAGACCGCUCGACUGCAGUCGCUAAGCGACACCCUGGACAGGCUCAAGGAUGACGUGGCGGAGCACGUGGUCACCCAGAGGCCCGGGGCCCGCGUCCCCUCGGACUUCGCCACGUUUCCCUCCACCUCCUUCGUCAAGGCCAAGGAGGAGAAGAGGGGUGACGCGGUGCUGGUGGGGAGGGUGAUGGUGCCCUGCUCGCGCGGUCAGGAGCAGGUCCACCGCCUCGUCCUCUCCCGGCCCGAGCUCCAUCGAGUGCACCGCCUGCUGCUGACAUAGGCCCCGCCCCCUCCUUAGCCGCAGCCCCGCCCACUGCCCGUCUGUCUGUUGCGAGUGGAUGAUUGCAGGCUGUCUGUCAGGCCCCACAAUCCCCAGUCCCCUCCCCCUCAGGCCCUCAUGAUUCUGUCUCCACCUCCAGGCUCACAGUUAACACAGGGAUUGGCCGGAACCGUGGCAACACUACACGGACGAAGGAAAGCAAAGCCUUUGUUCUCAUUGGUCACCACGAAAAAGGGCAGUUAGCUUUGGGAAAAACUUCUUUUGUUGUCAUUUUUUUUUGUUUUGAGUAGAAUGUAGUUCCUUUUGAUAUAAAUUGAUCUUAGGUAGACAUUUACUUAAAAAGUCCAAAGGGGAGUUUUUUCUGCCAGUGCAUCGUUUCCUAGGAAAACUAGCGUGAAAGAUUGAGUUCUGAAAGUUCUUGAUGAACGGAGAAGAGCGAUGGUGACAGACAGAACAAAAGCCGUUCGCACGCGGGAACAGGCUCAGCCAGCGCAGAUCCAUUCAUUUACACACUCCCGGGUCUGCUACGUUGACAACCGCUUACGCGAAUACGAAUGCAUCUGUCUCACACGAAUGGAAGGUGUAUUUAAACUCCUGUAUUGUCGUCGCUUUUUAACUUGAAUAUUUAUGUGGGGCGUGUAUAAAAUAUGUAUUAUCACAUCUGUGUUCUGAACUGCAAGGCGUUUGUUCGUUCAUGUACUGUUUGAAGUCAGUCAUAACAAACGGUUCCGGUUAAAUCUAAAAUAAAUUUGCUUAAAGGGAUUUGAGUGGGUAGAAUAUUUAGUUUUGCUUAUGAAUUGCUAAAUUGUUGUUUCAACUGGUUCAAGUCAUAUCAGGACAUUAACCGUGUGUUGUUUGGACCAAUGGCGUACUCGCUUUCUGCCUAACCAAGUAUACUGCCCUGCUUCCAGUGUGCGCUGCAUUGUACUUCUGUUCAGACUGUUUUUUUUAAUCCAAACAAACAAAGCCUGAAGUAUCUUGAAAUAUACAAAUCUCAUUUAACUUUCGUUUAGCUUAUUUCGGGAAUGAAUUGCUGAGCCUAAAGCCAAAACCAAAAAGCGACUUUCUUUCUUUUGACCGCGAUGUUCGUUUGGGAAUCGUCUAGCGCCUGUUCAGUUGCACGAGCAGGUGGAGUACAGUAGAUGUGUAGUUACCGGUUAAUUGGCUCGCCAGGCCAUCGUCCCAAGACCAUGCCUUUCACUGAUCAGCAAGAGAGAUGUGCUUUGCUCUCCCCGCUGGAUGUUUCUACCUAUUCAAAGUGCAUUAUUAAUGUGGUGUCCCGUAGACCUGCAUGCACGGUUUCUCCUACUGGCGACAGUGAGCAGACCGCGGUGUUUAAUACUUAGCCACGCGCAUAAAAAUUAACCUUGCUUGCGGCCUUUCAAAAUGGCGUUCCGCCUUUUAGAUGCAGUAGGCAGUUUACCAUGACACUAAACCCAGUGACUGCAGCCUCCUCUGAUGCUGUCUGUAGUUUUAAAGGCCAGAGGAAAGCCAGACUGACUGAUGUGUGUGCUAUCAACGGUUAGGAGCCUUAAACUGAUCAGAGUUUACACGGUAAAGCCAGGUUUGCACAGCCUCACUCUCAGUUUUCUUUCAGUGGAAGUCGCAGCGCAUUCGGGUAAAAGACGUCUUCGCCCAAGUUCAUCGCCCUAGUAGUGUUCACUUGUCCGUGUUCCCUCAUGACUUUUCGGUCUCCUGGUUCCGUGCUCUCAAAGCCUCUUGGAGUAGGAGGGCUGACCUCGGAUCAGUUUUGCCUUUUUGUAGGCGAUGUUGGAUAAGGUUGCUGUGCGUACAGGGGGAACUGAUCCUAGAUCAGCAGCUCUACUCUGAGAGCCGUCCUGUGGAAGUGUCAGCGGCAGGCACACUUCAUGUAAUCAUGCCUCCUGACUGUAGCAGCUGCCCAGCCCACAGUGUGCCGAGCGACUGCAUGUGCUUCUUAACGCUGUAUCCCGUAGUGCCCCAGUGUCCAAGACCAACCGCUGGCCUCGUAGCUCUGUAACCAUCUGGACAAUAAAGCUUUAUCACAAUGGAAAGAG